GCGUGCCUGUUUCCUUCGUGUUCUGUCCCCAACCUCUAGUACCUGCCUCUUUCUUUCCUCUUCCUCUUGCUGCUGCUUCCUGCUUCCUGGGGGAGAACAAGAAGAGAUUCUCCUGACACGAUCGCCAAUGGUGGCCAUUGCUACCGAGGCAUGGGCGCUCGCCGGAUGUGGCGCGGCGGCGCAGGAGUUGCCGGUGCAGCAGCUCCCUCCUGCCGCAGCAAACAGGACCAAGAAAGCCCUAUCGCUCAGAGGCGUCAGCAGCAGCGGCGGAGGCCAGGACUGGCGUGAGGCCGUCGUCGUCGGCCGGCGGAGCGGCCUGGCGUCGUGCGUGCUCGCCGCCCUCGCGGCCUCGUUCUCCCCGCUCGCCGGCGACCGCCCCGCGCGGGCCAUGGUUCUUGAGGAAGACGAAGACAUCGAGCUGCUGGAGCGCGUGAAGGAGGACAGGAAGAAGCGGCUGCAGAAGCAAGGGGUCAUCAGCUCCUCAGGCACCGAGACUGAGUAUUUGCAGGACCUCAUCUACAAGUUGAGCAAAGUUGGGCAGGCCAUUGACAAGGACGAUCUCCCAGCCGCAAGCAGUGUCCUGGGCCCAAGCCCAGAUACCCAGUGGGUGCAGAACAUCAAUGCAGCUUUCUCCAAGUUCAGCUCAAGCCCAGAGGAGAGGAGCAUGGUGGAUAGCUUCAACUCCUCCUUGGCCUCACUGUUUACAUCAGUGAACAAGCUUGAUGGUGAAUCCUCCAAGUCGGCGUUUGUGUCGUCAGCGACAGCGUUGGAGAAAUGGAUAGCGUUAGCCGGACUGAGUGGCCAGCUCAAAGGCUUCUGAUAUGCGAGUGAAGUGGCUUCCUGACGAAUACCUGGAUGCUCCUCCUGGCUGAGACGUAUUGAUUCGGCACGUGUGAAUCUUCUAAAGAGGGCACCGUAAAUCCGUAACCGAGAUCUGAGUUCAUUCAGACAAGCAUGUGAGAAGAAUGGGUACUGCUUCUGUUCGUCUCCACUUGGAGAACAGCAACAUUCUCAUCAAGAAAUUGGAAUUAUUUGCGAUGUAUUGUGACACUAAUAGGAAAUGAAGCAAAAGUUGUUUUUGUUUGGUUGUA